CAUGCUGGAGCCGGGCUUUGCUUCGCUUCCUGUCUGCUGUGUAAAACUUUCUCACAACCGCCUUUAUCCUGUAGUGCACUGGAAAACUUUAGCUCCCACUGACAAACCGCAGCGUCUGCACCGGAGCUGGAAUUGCCGGAUACUGGUGCAUGUUCACUCCUGAACAUCUGGAGCAGUGUGACCCAUGAAGGGGAUCAAUAAUCCUCCCGUGCCCAGAGCAGGCUCUGAGCGGCAAGUGUUGUUAUACCCUACAGACUGGGAAGAGCCACUUCCAGGAACUAUGGAAGAGAUAAAGAUCAGUAUUGUUAAUGAUCGAGCAACUGGAAGUAAAAGAGAAAGGGAAGAAGAUACAGCAGUAACCCCUUGUGUUAAGAGAUCAUGUCAUGCUCUUUUCAGUUGUAGCACACCUAUAUCUGCCCGUACAUGGGCAACAAAGUCUAAAUUUGCUAAAAACAGUCCACAGUCUCCAGCCUGGUAUCCACAGGGUAAAAGUGCAGAGCAAGGUGAUGAGUGGGAUGAUUCUUUACUGGAACCGUCCGAUAAUGAAGAUGACUCAGAAUUGUGUUUGACUUUGGAUGAAAUUGAGACCUUGUUGGAUGAUGAUGAUGAUGAUGACUCUUGCUAUGCUGCCGAACCUAUACAAAAGUGUACUGAGGUGACUACUUGUGUCGUCACAUUUACACCUUCAAAGUCAGAAAAUGAAGGUGAGAAUGGUGGAGAUGCACCUGGCAAAACACUGGAUAUUUCUAAAGCUUUGACUGAAGAGCCAGAGUGUGAGGGAGACAUAAGCAACUAUGCUGCAAUGCCUCCAUCACCUUGCCAUUUAGCCAUAAAUCCUGUAGAAGUGACUAUACCAAACCAGUCCACAGUUUCCAAUGUGGAUUCCCCUCCUAAAUUCCUGAUAGCUGAAACUGUUAUUGAUUGUGGUCUGCCAACACCAUUGUUAGACAUAAAGGAAGUCUCUACUACAUUGCUUCCUGGUUCACAGUCUCCAAAACUUCCUCUGCACCCAUCAUUCUCAUUAUCUGGGGCUGAUGUUGCAGAAGAGUUUGUUGAAGACCCAGACCUCGUUUUUGAUUGUGACAUUGACAAUCUCUUGGCAAUUAGUCCUGGGGAUGCUUCUUCUGUAGAAGAUGACAAUAGUGUAAUAUUGGCUACCAUCACCCCUAAAGAUAACGCUUCUGUAGUAUUAGAUUCUAUAUUACCCCCACAGAAUUUAGAGCCUGUUCAGGUUUCAACAGCCCAUGCUACAUCUUCCAGCACAACAGAUGUGGCUCAGGAUCUUUCUCCCCUCUCUCUUAAUACGCCAGACAUGCCCAAGGAUCGUCAUCAUCAUCAUCCUGCUGAGCCAGAGCCAUUAAAAGAGGCUCUGCCUUCCACAACAUCCUAUAUGGUUAAUGCUGAACAAAACAUCUUCACUGAUUCCUCUGUAACUAAUCAAAAUGUAGAAUCUCAAAAGCUGCCAGAAGAUAAAGAAACUAAAGGGAUGCCGAAUGAUGUGUCCACCUCAAGACCAAAAGAUCCAACUACAAGUGCCCCAAGAGCAAAUGACAAUAAAUCUAAGAUCGCGGCCUCUUCAAGUAACAAGGCACAAGGUUGUUCAGGCCCCGGAAAAGAAAAGCCACAGAUUGCAGUUGCAGCAUUACCUAGACCAUCAUUCAGAGAAGUACUAUCAGAGUGUGAAUUGGAGACAAUGAAGAACAUCUAUUUUAAUAAGGUUUUGAUGCACAUUGAUUCACAAGGAGAAUGUAACUUAGAAGAUCCUCUUUAUGAACUGGCCUCGCUGCAGAACCAGAUCGGUCGAGAGAAUCAGAACUGGCAGCACCCAUCAGAUUAUACCAAAAGGAAUCACCCUCGGGUUGGAAAGAAGCAAUUAAAACGUUGCAGCUUAAGUCAGUGGGUGACAAAAAAUGGCGGGUCUACUGAACGCUUUACAAGCAUUCCAGCAACAUUCAAAAGAAGUCCAAUUCCUGGAGCUCUGCCUUUCAGUUCUUGACUUUAUACAGAUGUUUAUGUACUUUGUUUUGUUCUUUUUACCUUUAAAAGUUUAUCUACUGAACGGAAAUGUUUACACAAUCAGCAGGUGUCACCUGUUGUGAUGUCCUGAGUUAGAUCAUAUUUUUCACUGUAUGACAUUUUGGGGUCAUUUUAUAUAUUAAGCCCUAUGUUUUUGUUUUUAUGAGGAGUUUUAUGACUGUUGUAUGUAUCUUUUGGAUCAGCUGCUCAGUUCUAAUAAUAAAAUUUAAAUU